AUGGCUACCCCCAGUGUCCUUACCUUUGAUGCUGAGGGUCGGGCUGUUGACUUUGAGGUCUGGGUCGAUGACUUGCAGCUUUUCCUACAGUGCGAUAGGGCAGACGGUCUCUCUCUUUUCGAUCUCACGUCUAGUGCCUCUCCUGCCUGGCCUGCUGAUGCUGAUGCCACUGUUCACUCACAGUGGGCCACGCGCGAUGGUGCUGCUCGCCUUGCUGUGCGCCGCCACUUACCGACCGCUGAGCGCGCGCAUUUUAGUCAGUACAAGACUGCUAAGACCUUGUACGACGCUGUCGUUGCACGCUACUCUUCCCCUGCCAUUGCUGCCCUUAGCCGCCUCAUACUACCGUACCUCUUCCCUGACAUGGCCGCUUUUCCCACACUCGCUGACCUCAUUACGCACCUUCGCACUAGUGACAUUCGCUACCGCACUGCGCUUCCUGCUGACUUCUGCGCCAAGAACCCCCCCCCUAUGUACAUCACCCUCUACUACAUAGUUAGGGACCACUUCCUCUCUGUUUGCCCCACCACCCUUACCGUUGACCUCUUCGAGGAGCCCCUCCUAGCAGCAGAAAAGACGGGAGACGCCGCCCAGGCAAGGGCAAGGAGGGCAAGGGCGCUGGACGGGCUGGCAGGGGCGGUGGAGGCGGCGGUAGAGGCGGCGGAGGGGGUGGGGGUGGCGGUGGGGGUGGCGGUGGGGGUGGUGGCGGGGGUGGAGGUGUCGGUGGCGGGGGUGGGGGUGGUGGCGGGAGUGGGGGCGCUAGUGGCGGCAGUGGAGGCGGAGGAGGCGGCGGUGGUGGCGGUGCGAGCGGUGGAGAUAGCGGUGGCGGAGUUGGAGCUGGUCGGGGCGGCUCUUCGCAGAGGGUCGGCUCCGGUGGUGGUCAGCGCCAGCAGCAGCAGCCGCAGCGCACUCGUGAGACCCUUUCCCCCUACCAGCUUUGUGAGUGGUACACUGCUCGGCAGCGGCGUGGGGGUGCUGGCCCCUGUACCUACGUUCUGCGUACAGGCGACCGCGCGGGUGAGCAGUGUGGGGGUCGGCACUCCACCCAGCGUUGCUUCGGCCGCCUGA